AUGUUUUAGAUCAUCAAGGUUGAUGCAGGCAUUGAUGCUAAAUUAGAAUUCGAAAUAUCAAACAUAGUCAAGGCUGCUUAUGAGAGAUUCAAUAACUAGUACGAUCGAUCGAAAUAUAUCUCGGAUUAUUUGGAUGAAAGGUAUGGGGGAUGUUGGAGAGUAACAAUAGGGAAAUCAUUUACUAGUUGUGGGACCUAUUAUUUGUCACAAUUGUUGAGACUUAGUUAUCAAAAUGAUUAAAUAGAAAUUGUUAGAACACAGGGGGAUUCGGAAUUUGAAAUUAUACAAAGAGACCAAGGAAUGAACUAGGCUCUUUUUGAUUCGAUAUUGGGAAUAAUAUCAAAUGCUUAAUAAAUGUAGAAAAACCUAUCAGCUCAAGUUGAGUAUAUUUCAGAAUGUGUAGAAUCGAAGCAUACUGGGAAAUGGGCUGUGAUUUGUGGGUAUGAUUUUAAUAGUAGAGUGCCUUAUGUUAAUAAUAAUUUGGUAUGUGUAGCCAGAAAGGGCAUCAGAUAUACAAUAUUAAUGAUAAGUAAAUGA